GACACAGGGAUGGAACCGAUGGAGGCCCGGGUGGCCAUGCUGCAGGACCUGAAGAUACAGUCGUUCGACACGAUCCGAUUCGCCUCCUACCGGACGGCCUGCAAGCUGCGCUACGUCCAAAAGUCCACCAACCUGCAUCUGGUCGAUAUCUGGAACGUGAUUGAGGCGUUCCGUGAGAAUGGACUCAACACGCUCGAGCCGCAGAACGAGGUCAGCGUGAGCCGGCUGGAAACGCUCGUCAGCUCGCUGUACCACAACCUCAACAAGCGCCUGCCGCCCAACCAGCAGGUGCACGUGGACUCGAAGGCGAGCCUGCUGCUGAACUGGCUGCUGGCGGCUUACUCCAGCGACAACUCGGGCAAGAUUCGCGUGUUCUCGAUCAAGGUGGCGCUCGCGAUCAUGUGCGCCGGCAAGAUGGUCGACAAGCUGCGGUAUGUUUUCUCACAAAUUUCGGACGGCGCCGGCCAGCUCAUACACUGGAAGUUGGGUGAUUUUCUGCGCGAGGUGCUCGCCCUGCCGGCGGCCGUCUUCGAGUCGCCCACGUUCUACUACAAAGAGGGUCUCGAGUCGGAGAUCUUCCCGGUGGAGAACAAGAUCACGGUGAACGACUUCAUGGCGGGCUUCAUGACCGAACCGGGGCCGGCCUGUCUCGUGUGGAUGCCGCUGCUGCACCGGCUGGCCACGGUCGAAACCGUCGUCCACCCGACCGUCUGCUCCGUGUGUAUGCGCGAGAACUUUACCGGCUUCCGGUACCGGUGCCAGCGCUGCCACGGGUACCAGCUGUGCCAGGACUGCUUCUGGCAGGGCCGGGUCUCGCUGAACCACCAGAACGACCACGAGGUGAAGGAGUACUCGAGCUACAAGAGCCCCAGCAAACAGAUUGGCCAUUCGCUGCGCAAGAGCUUCCGCUGUGUGCCGGACAAACCGACGCAGGCGUUGCCCCGGUUUCCGGAGCUGCCCGAAAAGACGCUCAACCUGUCACACAUCGUGCCACCGUCGCCCCUGCCAUCGCACAACGGGUUCCCCGACGGUGGCAUCCCCGGCAUGUACGAUCGGAGCAGUACACUGGACUCACGAGCCACCGGACUGUCGCUGGACAGCAACGGGACAUCGGGAACGCGCGGUGCGGUGAACUCGAACGACGAAGAACACAGACUGAUCGCGCGGUACGCCGCACGACUCGCACAAGAAAGCCGAACGCCCGGCGGUUCGGCUCCGGAUCCGGUGCAAAUCGGUCUGGACAGUUCGCGGGCCCAGCGCGAGCUGAUCAUGCAGCUCGAGUCGAAGAACAAGGAAAUUAUGCGCGAAAUUCAGAAACUGCGCCGCCAGCAGGAAGCGGAACAGGUGGCACCCGAAAGCCCGGCCCUCAUGAACGAGCUGCGGGCCCUGCGGCAGCGGAAGGGCGAACUCGAGGGUCACCUCGGCGCGCUGCAGGACUCGCGGCGCCAGCUCAUGGGCCAGCUGGAGGGUCUGAUGCGGAUGUUGAAAAACCAUCAAACGCAGAGCCCACGCUCGACGCCCAACUCUAGUCCACGGUCGGGCAAAAGUCCACCGUUACCGCAAGGUCCCCCGAUGCCCAACCAGGGCCCCCGGCAGGGACCGAUGAAUGCCUGCGGUUCCGGUAUGCCGCAGAAUUUGCCACCCGGGAUGCUUCCGCCCGGAAUGCAUGGCCAGGACCCGCACAUGGUCGGUGGCCCCAUGGAUAUGCGGGGCUACGCGCCCAACGGAAACAACAAUGGUAGCACCGCUAACGGUGGUCCGCUUGGUGGGUCGAGAGCGCUGAACGCCGGGGCCGCGGCGCCGGUGGUGGUCGGUGGACGGUCCGAUCUGCACUACGCGGCCGAUUCCGUGUCCACCGCCAUGUCCUCGCUGGUGCGCGAACUCAACUCAGUUUUCUUUCCCCACUACGAUGGACAUCUUCCGCCCGGCGUCGUACACAAACCGCCGAUGCGCUUCUUUUCAGAGGGAUCAGACGACGAUAGUAUCCCAUCGCAGCAUGCUAUGCGUCACUCGCUAGAUUUCGACGAGAUGCACAUGACGACCCACGAAUGGAGCGAAAAGGAUAAUACUCAAUGGCAGGAGCAGUUCGCUGCCUGGAGUCUGCACUCGCAAAAUCAGUAAACGCGGAUAGAACGCGCAACGUUCUAACGUUACGUGACAUCGUCCGCAAACCUCCUGACGGAGUGUCCUGAUUCGUCGUACUCCGUUGUUUUUAGUGUAUCACUAAAGCACACAAAAGACACCUUAACACACUCGUCGCCCGACACGACUGUUAGAUUCCUGUUCCGCACCUACGCAUACUAAACGCUUAGCGAACAGCUUCUUUCGAUUAUUUGCAUUCCGUUGGCGUGCGGUAAAAUUGAGUGUUUCUCAAUCGCUUAAAAACAGCAAUAAUGCAACCCAAAUGCAUCUUUCAUUUGGUUGUUGUAUUUAAUCGGUUGCAUCGAAAUGUGUUAGAAAACGGUUUAUGAGAGCCCCAGGAACCAGCGAAACCAAAUCGUAGUUGAUUCAGUCCCCACCAUGACUAUUCAUGACUAUUUUACUUACACAAACAUUAAAAGUAAUCAUGAGCGUAGCGAAAACGACGACGCACUGGUGGAAACUUUGCCAUUGAGAACUCGCAGCCACAGACGAGGAAACGUAUCUUGCCAGAUUUAAUGAAGCAUGUUCGUUCGAUUUCAUUUUAUUGCUGUUUUGAUUUUGACAUAACGUCAUAAUUUCAACCAGAAAUUCCUAGAUGAAUCCUUCAGUAAGGGUCUUCCAAUACUAUUGUAUAUGACUUCUUAGUUUAGUAUUAUGUUCAGUUUUCCCAGUCAAAAGCUACAUGAUUUCAUGCGUUACAGGGAUUGAUUUUUAAGUUCGCAUUCGUUUGUUGUAUGCAAUUAAUUUUAAUAAAGAAAAUUGUCUUUUUGUUGACUAUUCGUAAUUGUGACUUCGUUUCAACUUGUUUUUUUUUGGUUUGUUCCUCAGUAAAGAAACUUUAGUGCAA